UCUACGAUCACGUUAACAUGGAACCCCUACAUCUUCUCUGUCUCCCUGACGAACUCAUCAUUGAAAUCUUAUCUUGGCUUCCUGUAAAAUCUCUCCUGCAAUUCAGGGUGGUGUCCAAAACAUGGAAAUCUUUCAUCUCUGAUCCUCAGUUCGUAAAACUGCACCUUCUUCACCGGUUGUCUUUUCGAAAUGCAGAUUUUGAGCACACCAGCUUACUGAUAAAAUGCCACACCGAUGAUUUCGGUCGACCAUACAUCUCAUCUCGCACUGUAAGUUCAUUACUGGAAAGCCCAUCCGCCAUUGUAGCAAGCCGAAGUUGUAUCUCCGGGUAUGAUUUCAUUGGAACCUGCAAUGGGUUGGUUUCUUUGAGGAAACUAAAUUAUGACGAAUCAAAUACAAACAACUUCUCCCAGGUCCGUUUUUGGAAUCCAGCUACAAGGACAAUGUCUCAAGAUUCGCCACCUUCAUGGUCCCCCCGCAAUCUCCAUCUUGGGUUUGGUUAUGAUUGUUCAAGUGACACCUACAAGGUGGUCGGAAUGAUCCCUGGCUUGACAAUGGUGAAUGUUUACAACAUGGGUGAUAAUUGUUGGAGAACAAUUCAAAUUUCCCCUCAUGCCCCUAUGCAUCUCCAAGGAUCUGCAGUUUAUGUCCAUCACUUAACAUGCUUCUUGCAUCAGGUGAAUAUGAUGCAGCCAUCAUAUGUCUAAAGUGCCAUAGUGAACAUGCUGCAUGAAUUCUCUAGGAGUCUUCCUUCGACUGUGCAAGUCUAUUGUACCGUUAUGGAUUCGGAUUGGACCGAGUGUGCCUCCAAGUAAGAUGAACGGUCUAAGAAUGAAGUAAGGAGGCCCGAAAGGAAGACAACCAAGCAUGUGGUGUAGUUUAGAUUCAUCCUCCAUUUAUCCCCAAGACUAGUCAAAGGAGUUAAUUAUUAUUUCCCUGAUUUCUUCCCCUAUUAAUGUAGCCUGAUCAACUUAGUAAUGUAUCUUUGACUAGCGUUUGGGUUCACCAACUUUAUAAUGGGGAGCCAGUAAUGUAUAAUGCAUGUUCAACUUCUCACCAUAAUAAGACUCUAAAUUUUUUGU